ACGUGAUCGGACUCACUGUGCACGAGCAGCAGCACUGAAGACCGACACACACCGGAGGACGCUGCCCUGAGUCCGUCGGUGUCUUUGAGAUAUAUUAGUGAAUCACUGCUGUUUUACUGACAACGAUAAAUAUGUCGACCUCCCGUACAGUCAUAUGUUUACUGAGAAAUGACCUGCGGCUCCACGAUAAUGAGCUUUUCCAUUGGGCUCAAAGAAAUGCAGAGCACAUUGUCCCACUGUACUGCUUCGACCCCAGACAUUAUGUGGGGACGUACAACUAUAACCUACCAAAGACUGGGCCUUUCCGUCUGCGCUUCUUACUGGAGAGUAUCAGGGACCUCAGAAACACAUUGCUCAACAAGGGCAGUAACCUCGUGGUGAGACAGGGUAAGCCAGAGGAGGUAGUUGCUGACCUCAUCAAGCAGCUGGGCUCCGUCAGCAGCGUGGCUUUCCAUGAAGAGGUAACUUCAGAAGAACUGAAUGUCGAAAAACGAGUGAGGGAUGUUUGUGCACAGAUGAAGGUCAAAGUUCACACCUGCUGGGGGUCUACGCUGUACCACAGAGAGGAUAUUCCAUUUCACCACAUAUCCAGGCUGCCUGAUGUGUAUACUCAGUUCAGGAAGGCAGUAGAGACCCAGAGCAGGGUGAGGCCUCUGUUCCCAACUCCUGAGCAGCUAAAGCCUCUCCCUGCAGGGCUGGAGGAAGGAGCCAUUCCUACAGCAGAGGACCUGCAACAGACAGAGCCUGCGGCUGAUCCUCGCUCAGCCUUCCCCUGCAGUGGUGGUGAAAGUCAAGCUCUUGCUAGACUCAAACAUUAUUUCUGGGACACUAAUGCUGUUGCAGCUUACAAGGAGACUCGUAAUGGAUUGAUUGGUGUGGAUUAUUCCACUAAAUUUGCACCCUGGCUGGCAAUGGGUUGCAUUUCACCCAGGUAUAUUUAUCAUCAGAUCCAGCAGUAUGAGAGGGAGCGGACAGCCAAUCAGAGCACAUACUGGGUCAUUUUUGAGCUUUUGUGGAGGGAUUACUUCAAGUUUGUAGGCGCCAAGUAUGGAAACAGACUGUUUCAGAUCAAAGGACUUCAAGACAAAUCCAUCCCAUGGAAAAAGGACAGGAAGCUUUUCGAUGCGUGGAAAGAGGGACGGACAGGAGUGCCCUUCGUGGAUGCCAACAUGAGAGAGCUGGCUCUGACGGGCUUCAUGUCCAACAGGGGGCGGCAAAAUGUUGCUAGCUUCCUCACCAAGGACCUGGGCCUGGACUGGAGGAUGGGAGCUGAGUGGUUUGAAUCCCUUCUGAUUGACUAUGAUGUCUGCAGCAACUACGGCAACUGGCUUUACAGCGCUGGCAUAGGAAAUGACCCCAGAGAGAACAGGAAGUUCAACAUGAUCAAGCAAGGCCUCGACUACGACAACAGUGGUGACUAUGUGCGGCAGUGGGUUCCUGAGCUGCAGGGGAUCAGGGGAGCUGAUGUACACACGCCAUGGACCCUCAGCACUGCUUCGCUGUCACAUGCUCGAGUGUCUCUUGGUGAGACCUACCCCACCCCCAUCGUCAUGGCACCUGAAUGGAGCAGACACGUUAACAAGAAGCCGAGUGGCGCAGGACCUUCACCCAGAGGAAGGAAGGGCCCGUCUCACACUCCCAAACAACACCGAGACAGAGGCAUCGACUUCUAUUUCUCCAGAAGCAAAAACCUGUAAUGUUUGCUUUGAGGCCAUCAAACACGAGGACAGAGGCUCAGAGGAUGGACGCUCCAGUGAUGCAAACUCAGACUGUUGCUGUAAAAUCUGUGUCGUGCACUGACGCACUGAUUGAGGGAAGUUGCCGGAUGAGGAUUUGAGGAAAUGGAUGUACUUUUGCUUGAAUAUUUGAAAUAGCCUAGUCUAAUGUACGUGCGUGCUAUCAGUUCUCGAAAUGUAUCCGCCUUGUGAAGCACCUUUUAUGGGCUGGUUUCCUGUCAGACAGCUACUGUGAAAGCCACACUGUGGUUUUCGGUUUUAGUGCUGUGGAUCUGUAGGUGCAGAUAGACAUUUUCAUAGGGGGGCUUUUUGUGUUUGAGUUUUUGUUGUGUGAUUUUUGUUAUGUAAUGCAUUAAAUUAAACACUUGACAUCGUGAA